GCGCGCGUGUUGUCUUGCGCGCUAAUUAGAAAGUCUAGAAACCUCGUUUCGAGCGAAAGACAUGCGUCCCAAUACUUCAGUCGCGAAUCGUAUCAUCGUUGUAUCCAGAAAACCCCACGUUAACCAAAUCAGAAGGGCAAUGAAGCACUGCACCUUGCCUCCAGGCAGUGCCCAAGCUGUGAGUGAUGCGGUGGAUUUCUUGUCGACGGGGAUAUGGUCUCGGUCACAUGUCUGCCAGUCGGUUAGCACCAUGGCUGCCUCACAGAGCUUAGUACACGUCUCCCCAAACCAACUAGCCAGCUGGAGAGCAGUUGACAGGGACUAGGAGAAACCCCACUACAUGUUCUACAGACAUGCAGUACAGUGGAGAGGCGCAUGUAGCUCGUGUUGUAUGAGUUGGUGAGUGCCCGUGGGGACAGUGGGGAGAAUGGUGACGAGGGGAGUCUGGAGGAGGGUGUGGCCAGAGGGGAAGAGGCGAGAGUGGACUGUCUGUCUGCUCUAGUACCCGUCCUCUCGGUCACUCCAACUCUCCAACACAUGGCCCAGUCAGCUGUGGGAGAGGUAUUGAUGAGACGAGGUGGACUGAGUCCCACAGACUGAGCACAGUCUCCUGGUCGUGACUGGCGAGGACUACCCCAUGCUGCUACAGCUGGCUCGACUAGCCCGGAGAAAUGGCCAUCGAUUCUCACGGUCAUUCUACAGAGAGGCACUGAGCAAAGUACUUCAGUCACCUCCUCCUUCUCCUCCUGCUUCCACCACACCUACUGCCUCUGGUGACCUGGGGAGGAGGGCAGAGGAGGGGAGGGAGGGGACCAGUCAGGAGAUGGCAGGAGAGCUGAUGGCCAUGAUGAGUGGGGACUGGGACAAGGCUGUGGUGGAGACUGAGGUGUUCUGGCUGGCACUUCACCUCGCCAGUCUGGUGCCCAGACCCCACCCACUCAUCACGCGGGAAAGGAGUCUGGUGACUAUUGACACAGUUGUUGGUCCUAGAUCUCGAAAAUGAGAUCUCCAAUCAGAUUGCAGAACGGGCAAUCAACGCCAUGUGAAUCCGUAUUCCGCGGACUUUGGGAGGAGAGUCAGGUGAAGGCCGUCUGGGAUGAGAUGGCCACCUCUCAGUACGUGGGGGACGAAAGUGUGUCAGUGGAGCUGGUGAGAGCAUGUCUGAGGACUGCUGGCAACUUGAGACGUGGCACCUCCACACACUGCCAGUCAGAUCCAUCGCAGACCGUGUCAGCUCUGGUGUCUCGUCUCCCACCGAGACAAGCCUCUGUGUCUGCCACGGCCUUUGAGAGAGUCCUGGCUGUCUGUGCCGAGAGCCUCCAGCUGCGACUGGCCUACCAGACCUUCACCUCCAUGACCCUGGUCCACGCUCUGGCCCCCACCAGACGAGGGUUGCAGGGAGUGGGCCGACUCCUGUGUGCCCCGGCCCUGGCCGCCAACAGACAGUGGAGACAGUUACGACUCGCCUUUGCCUACCGCAUGUUGGAGGGUAGUGUGGUGUCAUUUGGAGGCUGGCCCCCAGCCUGGGUGUUCUCAGAGUGUGCCAGACCUCUCACUGAGCUCCUGGGGGCUCGUGGGUUCCACCUCAUGUAUGACCUGUGCCACACUGCAGUUGUAAGGGAUCACGGAGAGGAAAAUGCAAACAUAGUGAUGGAGGAGGUAUGGGGUCGUGGACUCUACCACGCCCUCCUCCAGUCCUGUAGACUAAACCACGGACCAAGAUUGGCAACCUUCUUCCUCGGCCACAUGACUCACAGAGGGAUCCUCCCUAAUGAGCGCACCUUUCGCCAUCUCCUAAAAUUCCCACUGUCUCCAUCUGAUAUCGAUGACUUCAUGGUUGUUUUGGCGAGACAUAUGCACUGUCUAACUGUUGAAGAGACAACCAACCUGGUUCACCCUCUACAGUCUCUGCUUCAGAGAACACUGCCACAGACUCAUGAUACUAGGUCAGAGGUGGCGGUAGAGAAGGCUGUAUCAAAGCUACUGGAAGUCGUGUCAGCUGGUAGUAUGGAGCAACACUGUCUACUGCAGCUGGCCUCCCUCACACAGGAACAUUCACCUCCAUCAUCAUUUCAUUGUCAUCACUCCUCUGAUCGUGACACAGUUUAUGAGAGAGCCAGAGCAUAGAUUGUUAUCCAGAGUCCUUUACAGUCAUGUAUGCACAAUGUGUGUAUUCCUUGUCACUGACAUGCUCUCAUAAUAUAGUCAGUGGGAGGUCACUGACAUGCUCUCACUAUUUAUAAUUCAUUAACGAUCAGUUGCUGGGAGGUCUUCCUCCUGGCUGUGUGCUGUUUUGAUGCAUCCGCAGCAAGGGUUACUAUUUACACUCUGUCCACCUGUGAUCAGUGUGUGUCUC